AUGGUCAAUGGACAAACUCAAGUGCAAGUAAUUGAUGUUAGCCACGACCUAGAUUGUGCAAGAUGUGAUAGUCGAACAGUAUGCAUACGGCUAUCGAAUGCAAGUGGCAUCAGCUGUGUAUGUCUUCCGGGAUUUGCUCGGUCGUCUUCAACAGGUCGUUGUAUUCUUCAAGAAAUUCCAUAUAAUGGCCAAUGCGAUAGUCGUUAUGAAUGUUUCAAUGGAGGUUAUUGUUCAAAUUUGACAAGUAAAUGCGAAUGUUUAUCAGGUUUUGGAGGUCUUAUGUGUGAAUUGGACAUUAAUGAAUGUGUGAGUAAUGAUGCAAUUUGUGGCGCACAUUCCUGUACAAAUCUACCAGGAGAUUAUAAAUGUGAUUGUGAUUUUUUUCACUCAGGAAAACAAUGUCAAAAAAUUAGUGCUAUUGGUCUUUUCGUAGUGAUUAUUUCGACAAUAGCAGUUCUUUUAAUUAUUUUAUUCCUUAUUUUAUUUGCUAUUCGUACAUUUUUGACUUAUCGUUUAUCGAAACGAGUUUCAAGAGAACGUGAACUUCAACUUCAACAUCCAUGUUUAGCUACAUUAACGACUGGUGGCAUGAGAGGAGAUGACCUACUAUCAAAUGGAGUGUCAUUUAUUCGUCCUAUUGGUCAUCGAAUCUAUGUACCGAUGGAAACAAGCUUUGUUAACGCAAUGCGUUUUCAAGCCAAUACAGAUGAUGAGGAUAGAAAACAGUUUCAACAGCCACCAAAAUAUAUUACAAAUCUUGAUGACUUAAAGAUUAAUAUUAAUUCGAAUUGA